CUGAUUCCUCUACUGAACCAGAUUCGGGUCAAUAAUGACCUUGGACAUCCAUUAUGUGCCAAUCUUCGCGAUGGUACUUGGCUAUGUGAGUACGUCUCUGCACGAUUGGAAAGGUACCCUGGCUUGAUUUAUGUUUCACAAUUCUUCGGAUGUAUACUCGCUUUUCUGGAGAAUAUACCUUACUAUCUUCGCCCAUGCUACUUCGAAGCCGUCAUUUCCUAUCUGUACAAGCAAUGCAGAUUGUCGCUGUUGAACCGGUUAGCAAGAAAUAUACACACCUCGUCUCCACUGGUUCGAUCUCUGGCCGUUUCUUCGGUAUCGUUCGUGGGCUAUGUCCCGAAUGCAGAUUUGGCACCUUUACCACCUUCCCUAAGGUUGGAAGAUGAACAUCCUUCGUCGAUUGCAGCCGGAUUGCCACAUUUCGCUGUUGGUAUCUGGCGUAACUGGGGACGGGACACAUUUAUAGCUCUUCCUGGAUGUUUACUUGCAACCGGACGGUAUCAUGACGCUAGGAAUGUAAUCCUUUCGUAUGCUGGAGCGUUACGACAUGGAUUAAUUCCAAAUUUACUUGCUGAAGGCAAA